CCUCAGCCUGCCGAGCGGUCUCCGAAAAUUUCCCAGCGGCCUCCCAUUGGAGAGCUGAGAAACAAUCGUGGGCUAGACUCAGACAGACCAAGGACCCAACAACACAAGCAGAAGAGCUGGAAAGGCAACGGAAUUUUGAUAAUUGGAGAUACCAUCCCGUGAGCAAACGAAAUGCCGUCAACACACAAGAAAGACAAACCGUGGGACACGGACGACAUCGACAAAUGGAAGAUCGAACCGUUCACCAAGGAGGAGUCUUCGGGGCCGUUCCUGGAGGAAUCAUCCUUCAUGACACUGUUCCCCAAGUACCGUGAGCGCUACCUCAAGGACUCAUGGCCUCUGGUUACCAAAGCGCUCGAGAAGCAUGGCAUCAGUGCGACGCUAGACCUCGUUGAGGGUUCCAUGACAGUCAAGACGACGAGAAAGACAUUCGACCCGGCCGCGAUCCUCAAUGCCCGAGACCUGAUUAAGCUUUUGGCGCGGUCAGUACCUGCGCCCCAGGCCAUCAAGAUCCUAGAGGACGGCAUGGCGUGCGACAUCAUCAAGAUCCGGAGCAUGGUGCGAAAUAAAGAACGCUUUGUCAAGAGACGGCAACGGAUACUGGGCCAGAACGGAACCACACUGAAGGCGUUGGAGCUCCUAACCCAGACCUAUAUUUUGGUGCACGGUAACACAGUUUCAGUAAUGGGGCCGUACAAGGGCCUGAAGGAGGUUAGGAGGGUAGUUGAAGACACGAUGAACAAUAUCCACCCGAUUUACUUGAUUAAGGAGCUUAUGAUCAAACGGGAGCUCGCCAAAGACCCAGCCCUGGCGCAUGAGGAUUGGAGUCGGUACCUGCCCAAUUUCAAGAAACGAACGUUGUCCAAGAGACGGACGCCGUUCAAGGUCACGGACAAGAGCAAGAAGCCGUACACACCCUUCCCGCCGGCACCCGAGAAGAGCAAGGUGGACAUGCAGAUCGAGAGCGGCGAGUAUUUCCUCAGCAAGGAAGCGAAGCAGCGAUCGACCGAGGCAGAGCGGGCGGAGAAGGCCAAGCAGAAGAAGGAGGAAAAGAAGCGCGAGAGGGAGCGAGAGUUUGUGCCGCCGGAGGAGAGUACGGGCAAGUCCAAGUCCAAGAAGAGGAAGACGACGCACGACUGAGGCAAUCUUCGUGGAGCAAAGCGACCUUGCAUCCUUGCCAAUCCGCGAUUUAUGAU